AUGAUAACAAGAAAAAGAAAAGUAAAACUAAAUAAUAAUAAUAUAUCGUCAUAUAUAAAUAAUGAAGAGAAUACUUAUUCAAAGAGGACGAAGAAGUUAAAUCAAAAUGAAUAUCGAAAUAGUAGUAUAUAUGAUGUAAAUUAUAAUAAAUGUUAUAAUGAUGAAAAUUAUUAUACAGAUAAAAAUAUUUCCAAUGAUAUACACAAAAGUUCUGAUCAUGAUUCAGAAUUAUCUUGUCACGAUGAUGAUGAUGAUGAUUAUGUUUAUGGAAGAGCAAGUGAUGCUUCUUCAAGUUAUUAUAAAAAAAGAAAAAACAAAAAACAAAAAAAAACAAAUAAAACAAAUAAAUCAAAUAAAACAAAUAAAACAAAUAAUAGGAAAAAAACAGAGAUAAAUAAAAAAGUGAAAAGUGAAAAAGAAAAAGAUAGUAAUGAUGAACAUAUUACCAAAAAAAAUGACGAGGAAAAAAUAACACGAAAAAAAAAAUCUGCAAAAAAAAAUUCAAUUGUAGAAAAAAUACAUAAUUUUAUUUAUCAAAAAAAAGAAUAUUUUUAUUUAGACCUUUUCGAAUAUCUAAACAUAAAAACAGAAACGGAUGAACAAAAUUUGAAUGAUCGCUUUAGCUAUUUUGUUAUAUCCGAAUUUAUAUCUAUAAUGAGACAAUCCAGAGGAGGACGAGAAAAUAUAAAUCAAGAUCAAGUGGAAAAUCAAAAUAUACAUAGUCAUAUAAAUAUCGAUGACAAUAUUGAUUGUCAAAACGUAAAUGACGAAUUGAAUAAUGUUAAUGAAAAUUCAGAAAUGAAAAAAGAAAUAGAAUCUGAUAUAUCUUGCACGGAAGCACCCAGUCAUGUCUCUAAAAAUAAAAUAUUUAAUAUAAAAGAAAAUAUAGAUUUAAAAUGUAUUUUAAAUCAUGAUAAUACAAACUGGAGAAAUAUAUUUUUCCUUGAGGAUAUACAAAUUCAUUUAAAUAAUAAAAAGAUUAAAGUCUCACCUUUUUCAAGUGAAAGAAUUGUUGAUAAUAUUCAGAAAAGUUAUUUAUUAAAAAAAAACAAAAAAAAAAGUAAUUCUCAUAUAAAACAAAAGGUAAAGCAUGAAAAUCAUGACUUUUAUAAUUAUUUACAAAAAAUAAAAAUAUAUUUAAAUAAUCAAGAAGAAAGAAGAAAAGAGGCGGAAAAAAAUAAUAGUUUUUAUAUGGAAACUAAUGUAGAUAUGAUUGAAGAAAAUAAUAUUUUACAUCCUGAUAUGAUAACGUUUUUAUAUUUUUUAUUAAUUUGUAAUAAUUUAUGUAAUGAUAUAAAAGAAAAUACAAAUGACGAAGAAAAUAAAUAUAUAAAUAAAAAUAUUAGUGUAGAAAAAAAUAAAUAUAUAAAUAAAAAUAUUAGUGAAAAAGAAUUAUUUAACAUAGAAAAUUUAUUGAAUAACCUAGAAGCAUAUUUAUCAAAAGAUUUAUCAUCAGAAAAUAUUUUUUUAAGUUUAUGUUGUCCUAUAAAUUAUAUGGACUUUAGUGAUAGUAUAAAUAUGGUUACAUAUUUAUCCCUUUUUUUGAAUGAAAAAAAUGUAAUGAAAAAAAAUAUAUCUAAUAAAGAUACCUACGACAUAAAUGUAUGUUAUAAUAAUAAAAAAAAUAUUUUUGAAGAUGAUGUUAUAUGUGAUGAUAAAAACACAUUAACAAAUAAUCAUAAUAAUAAUAAUAAAAAUAAUAUGGGUAAUAUAAAAAAUGAGGUUACAAAUUCUAUAUACCAAAAUAAUGAUAAUAUAUAUAAUAAAAAAAAAGGAAAUUCUAUUUAUAACUUAAUAAAUGAUAUGAUGAUGAAAUGUUCCGAAAUUUUUGAAGGGAAUAUUUUAAGUAUUAGUAUUUAUAGUUAUUUAAAUAGUGGUGCUUAUUAUAAUUCUGAUAAGCCAGGACGAAAUUUUAUUGUCUUUUAUUUUUUAUCAAAAUAUUUAUGUAAACCAAUAUUCAUUGACAUGAUUGAACAUACUUAUAUGUGUAAAAAAAUGGAAUGGAUAAAAUUUGAUUCUUUAAAUGAAGGGAAAAAAAAAGAAUAUAUUUAUUUGUUAUUAUGUUUAUUAGGUAAUAAAAUAAAAAUUUUUGCCAUAUCAAAAUAUCAUUUUUUUGUGAAUAUUUAUAUGUCUUUAAAAAAUCAGAGAAAAAAAGAUUGCUAUAGUAAUAUAUAUUCAUAUAUAAAAAAAGAGAAAGGAAGAAAAACAAAAAGAAAUCCAAAAAAAGAAAAAAUUAAAAACAUAUUUACAUAUACAAGUAGUGAAUAUAUUAACGAUUUUUCAUAUACCAUUUGUAUUAAGGAUCAGAAAAGAUAUUUAAAAAUAGCUCUUUGUUUUAAUAACUUCAAAAUUAAAAUUAUAGAUAUUAUAUUAAAUAUUGUUAAUAAAGAUGAACAUAAAAUUAACACCUUUAUUGAAAAAAGUAAAACAAUCAAUAUUUCUCUACAAUAUGGAGAACAGUACGACAAAUUUUUAUUUCUUAAUAAUAAUGAAGUUAACAUAAAUGAGAAUAUGAAAUAUAUGGAAGAAAAUAAUAAACAAAAUGAUGAUCUAAUAGAUAAGUACUCAUGGAAUAAGGAAAUGAAGAAAAAAGAAAAUUUUUUUCUAAAAAGUUGUAGCAGUGAUAAUGAAAAUAAAGAUGAUAAAAAUGGUGAUGAUAUUAAUUAUGAUGAUAAUAAUAAUUAUGAUGAUGAUAUUAAUUAUAAUGAUGAUAUUAAUUAUAAUGAUAAUAUUAAUUAUGAUGAUGAUAUUAAUUAUGAUGAUGUAAAUUGUCAAAAUAAUAACAAUAAUAAUAUUUAUAUUUCUGAUAAAGAUCACACUCAUGGGGAAACACAUAAUGAUAUAACCUAUGGUAUAAAAAAAAAUAUAUAUAAUAUAUCAAAUAAUAUUUACUCAUCAAAAAUUAAUAAAAUAAAUAUAAGAGAAGAAGUUAUAUGCCUACAACAUGGUGUGUUAUCCUUAUGCUCAUUUUAUCCAUGUAUUAAUUCCUAUCUUUUAUGCCUAUGUUCUAAAGAUGGAAAUAUCGUAAUAAUAGAUAUAAGAAAUAGUAAGGAGCUGUUUUAUUUUAAAAGAAAAACAGAAACGUGUUCUCAUUUAAAGUGGUAUAGAAAUAGUUGUAUUAGUUUCGGUCAAGAUAAAGGAUCUAUAAUUAAUCUUUUUGAAAAUAAAUAUAUUUUAAAUAUUGAUAAAUCCUUUUUUAAUAUAGUAGAUAAUAGUUGUUUAAAUAGUGUUUUAAUUGGAAAUCAUAUGUACUUAUAUCUAUAUGAUGAUAACACUAUAUUAAAGGGGAAAAUAAAAGAAAAUUCUUCAAAAAAUAAAUAUAAUGAAUUUUUAUUAUGGACAACAAAAAAUGUAGAUCUUGAUCCAAGCAUAUUAUUAGAAAUUAGUUGUAUGCAGACAGAAGAUAUAUAUUCAGUUUCCAUGAUAUUAUUAUAUGAAUAUUUGAGAGGAUUACAAAAUGUGUUAACUGAUGGUAUAAAAAUUGUAAGAUCAAAAAAGUGGGACCAAGAAAGCACCGGGAAAAAUAGAGCACUCACACCAAAAAGCAUAUCAUAUGCUUCAUUUGAUAAAAAUUAUAUAAUAGCUUAUGGAACAUCAUGCGGAUUAAUACAUAUUUUUUCUCAAGAAAAAGAGCAAGAUAAUAAUGUGUGA